UUGACCUCCUCAAGGUGGCGGCGGGGCAACGGCGGCGGAUCUGUCUCACGGGUGGAUCAUGGAGUCGAGAAGCUGCGAUGUGCCCACCUUAUUCACGCUCUGUGCCAGGAAUAUUAGUGAGAACGUGGCCAGGCUGGAGCCGGCGAUGUGUGAUUUGCCAACAGCAGUUUUGCAGGAGCUACUGCAUUUUUUAAACAUUUACGACCUGGAAAGGAUCGAAGAGAUUGCAGUAAACAAAAGUAUUUCUACUCAGGCUUUUUGGCAUCAGAUUUGGAAGGAUGUGAUAGGGACAAAUCCUAAAGCUAAAAUAGAACCUGUUAAUUGGAGGCAAAAAUUCUUGCAAACAUUCUUUCAUGGUGUUUUGUGGGGAACAUUGGAUACCUUGAGUGACAGGCGAUUAUAUAAUUCUCGUUCAGCUGCAUUAUUUCUUGCUUCCCGACAUGUUAGCAAGCUGGUCAUACGCAACAAGCUGCAAGGAGUGAAAGAAAUUGCUGAUAAUCCAAGCAUUUGUAGGCGUUUAGCAUGUACAGUGCACAAGCUGGUGUUUCAACAUCUACGUUCUGCAGAUCAAAUGUUGCAACAUUCACUGUUAACUUUGCUUCAUAGCCUCAUUCACCAUGGAAUUGUGAAGGAGCUGAUAUUGUCUCAUUGGAAUGAACCCCAUCCUGAAUUAUUGGCCCUCCUACUGAAGACAAGUGCAGGACUGUGGCAUGCAGGAAAGAGAGAACAUCAGUGUGUUGAUUGUUGUGACGAGGACAGGUUAAAGAUGAACAUUAAAGCGAAGUAUCCAACAGAUCAGAGAAGUACAUUGGAUUUUUACCAGCAGGAAGCUGGAAAGACUGCUUUAUCUGACGGGAGAUUUGGUACUACUGACAACAGUGUCAUGUCUGCAGCUAUCAAUAUUAUUUCUGAUGAUCUGAUUUCUCAAAGUUCACAUCAUGUAACCUAUAAAGAAAUAACACAUGGAGAUAUUGGGAUGGCAGAUGAGUCUAGCAGUUAUAAUACAUGCAAAACUCAUGCUAAAAAAUGCAAAUCCUGUCUCAGGAUGUAUGGUCCAUUGACGAAUCAUGAUGCGCACAGUAUUGAUUCAGAUGUAAAGUGUUUUUCAGAAGGUAAUGGCAGAACAUUGGCAGAAGCACAUUCUUCUGUACCACAUGAUCUGUAUGAUCCCACAUCUCAUUCCAACAAGACUUGUGAAAGCAAUUGUUGCAGUGGGCAACAGAUUAUUAAAGGGCAGUUGUAUCCUACAUGUCGUAGAGUUAUGGAAGAAAUUGAGUAUUCUGAACCACAUCACACUGCUUCUGAAGAGAGUGCAAGCUGUUUCCAUGAAGCUGAAAGCAGGACAUAUAAAGAACCAAAGACUUACUGUACUGUCACUGGGACUUUAGAAAAGCUAGUGUGUUGUAAAUAUGCAAAUGUCUUUCAAAAAUACAACUCUGUAAUUGUACAAGAAUAUUCUUCAGAAGAACCACGUUCUCCAAGUAAGAGCUUUGGUGAAUUUGGAACAAAUGCACACAAUGGAACUUCAGAUGAAUUGUACGUUUUCCAUCAAAACACACUUCCCUCAGAACAUUUGUCUCCAUGUUACACAAAUAAAAAGCUACGACUCACAGAUGUAUGUAACUUUAAGUCAGCAGAAAAUCCAAAGACAAAUCAAAGGUUACCUGAAGAGUUUGAGAAACAGGGAGACAUCUAUGACUAUAUAUUUAUGUUAGGUAAAAAUAAAGCUAACUCUGCACAAAACACAUCGGGCACUGAUGAAGACAGUGACUGCCUAAUGGAACAGAGUGAUCUUGGUUUUACUGGGGAAGAGCAAGCCAAUGAAACACUUCUUCCUUCUCCUGAGCUGUACGUGAGGAGUGUGUCGGUGUUGGAAAUUACGUCUGUCUCAUUGUCCUACAGUUCUGCUGUGGUGCUCUCCAGGUUGCUCAGUUCGUGGGUUUCCCUCCAGAAACUGGUUUUGGAAUAUAAUGGCCUGGGUCCUGCCAUUUUUCUGAUCCUCAAAGGACUCUAUGUUCUCUCUUGUUGCCACAGCAGUUGUCUUUCCACUCUUGUAUUAAAAGAUGAUAUUCUACACCUCCCCCUGGUAAAACUAUUAAAAAUUAUAAUUGGCAUCUUCCCUCAUCUUCAAACAUUCCAUUUGAGAUUCCUGUUAGAAAUAAGAAAUGAGUCAUUGGAAAACCAGCUAUUGAUCGAUAUUCCAGAAAUAACAGGUAGUUGUCUGAAGGAUUUGAGUCUGAGUUGCACAGAUGUGCCUCUACAAGUUGACGUGCUGCUCACUGUUUUAAAAGAACUGAAAUUCCUCAAACGUCUGAAUCUGCACAAGGCAUCAUUCAGUCCACCUGAGCAACUUGGCAAAUUGCUACAUGCAACUACAUUCUCUCUACCUAUGUUGGAAUGGAUUACCAUAGAAGAUGUCAACCUUGCUGUUUGCUUUAAGGAAGUUCUAGAUCUGUUGCGCAAUGCUCCUCUCAGAGGGUUAACUUUGGAAAAUUGCCGGCUGUUUGAAAACCACAUGGAAAGAGUGUCUGAAAUUGUUAACGCACUGAAGCAAAACCAGUUCCUCAGAGUACUGUCUUUGCCUGCAAAUCGAUUAGGAAACAAAGGUCUGCUGUUGCUGGCAAAACUUUUUACUGAGGAAUCUUUAUCCUGUGUUUCCUGUCUGGAUGUGAGUGCUAAUUGUAUUCGUGGAGAUGGACUAUUUGAGUUUGCAUCAUUCCUCAUGAGAGCUGAAUCAGAAAUGCCUGGCAGGCUAAAGCUGAAGGAACUGAAUGUAAGCGAGAAUCUAUUCUUCAGAGAUCCUGCACUUACCCAAGAGGCACUUAAAGUCUUCAAGAACAAAUGUCAUGUAAUCACAGUACAGUCCCUUACUGAUCCAUUACAAGCACUUGCUGACCAUUCCAGUGUAAUGUAGAUAUUGCAAUACAGCAUCUAUUGUUCAGAUGGAUUUUUUUAUUUUAUGAGCAAAGCUAUUUGUAUACUUGCAGUUGAGAAGUACUUUUGACUGGAAAUUCAUCCAUUCUAAAGGUACUGUUUCAGUUUAAGUAUAUUGGACAAGAAAGACAAUGAAAUGGAACUUUCUCCCCUCCCCAAAAUCCUCAGAGUACUUUGUACAAACAGCAAUUUUAGCAGUAGGAUUUUGUUUUAGGGCAGCUCAAUACACCUUGACAUGUACCAGUUUGUUCUUGGGGUUCAUUAUUAAUUCUUUUUGUGCCUGGUUCUGUGAAGAUGAUACCAUUCCAAGUAAUUAAAUAAUGUUUUACAAUA